CGCCACUGCUCGUAAGUUUAUUUUAGCCAACCCAACCGCACCCUCGCUGUCAAAUGGUGGAAAGAAAAAAAAAAAGAAAUCGUUUCGUUUCUUUUGAGGUAAAAAUCGUAAUGGUGUCGGUCCGCGGACUCUUCGAAUAAGCGUAGAAAACUAAAGUGGAAAAUGUCCCUGGAGACCCGGACGAAUUCCGCCCUGUUCAAAAGGGCCGAGCAGCUGAAAAGAUGGGAAGAAUCGGACACGAAUCGCGAACCAGUGUCGCCGAAACAUAUAUCGCGAAAAGUGAAGUUCUCCUCCGGUUGUGUAUUUCUGGCAGCGUGCGCCGCUGGCGACAAGGAAGAGGUGCUCAAUUUGUUGGAAUCUGGGGCCGAUAUCAAUACGGCAAACGUAGACGGGCUCACGGCCCUACAUCAGGCAUGCAUAGACGACAACUUAGACAUGGUGGAAUUCUUAGUAGAUCAAGGGGCCGACGUAAACAGGGGCGACAACGAAGGCUGGACGCCCCUACACGCCACAGCCAGUUGCGGAUUUAUGUACAUAGCCAAAUAUCUUAUAGAAAAAGGGGCCAAUGUCGCGGCAGUAAACAACGACAGCGAACUAGCUAUCGAUAUAGCCGAGUGCCAAAAGAUGGAGGAUUUGUUAAGGGAUGAAAUUAGACAGAGAGGUAUUGACUGUGAUGCAGCUCGAAACGAUGAAGAGAUAGCCAUGCUUAAAGAUGCCAAAGAAUGGUUGGCAACUAAAAGUUCCUUAGUAAAUGAGUCCCAUUUGAAAACAGGGGCUACUCCUUUGCAUGUUGCUGCAGCAAAAGGUUAUAUUGAUGUUAUAAAGAUUUUGCUACAGUGUGGAGCUGAUAUUGAUGCCCAAGAUGUAGAUGGAUGGAGCCCUAUUCACGCCGCUGCUCAUUGGGGACAAAAAGAAGCCUGUCGUUUGUUAGUAGAGAAUUUGGUUGAUAUGGAUGCUAAAAAUUAUGCUGGUCAGACGGCAUUUGAUUUGGCAGAUAACGACAUGCUUGGUCUCCUGGAAGAUCUCAAAAAGAAACAAAACAAGGAGGAAGUGAGCAAAAGAAAAGCUAAAAAACGUGUGGAAACACAAGACAGAACAAUCGAGCCAGAUUCACAGACUCAAGUUAAAAAAGUUAAAGUUGAGAUAACAGGAGGUCCUGAAGAGAAUACUAAGCAUAAUGAUAUUGAAAUGGAAGUGUCUGAUGAAAGCGAGUCAGAGACUGAGACAGAAACGUCGGAAAGUGAAUCAGAAGAAGCCAGUUCAGAGGAAGAUGAGAAGAAAAACAGGGUAAAUUCCCUAACGAUAAACGAUAAGGUGACGAUCAAAGAGCCAGAGAUAAGCAAACCACCUCUGCCUGUUAAAACUAUAGAAAAUUCUGAAGAAAAAAUGCCUUGGAGACAGCAAAUUAACAAGCCCAAAUCGGAAAUGAAUAGUCCCGAGAAAAGCUCUGUUGGAUUUAAAGACUACAAGAAUAUAUCUUCAAAUCUCAACAAUGAAAAUGAGGUUACACUCAGGAGAACCAAAAGCUUCCAGAAUGAUGAGUCGUUCUACACGAAAUACAAGGCCCUGCAUGCGCGUAUUCAAGCCUAUAACGAUACCACUACCAACAAUGCAGUCAUUUCCCCUUACAACACUCCUUCAGCCAGGCCUAAGUCUGAUAUCAUCCUAACCAAUAGCACUGAGUCGCAUUACAGGAGCAAUAAGGACGAUAAGAGCAACGAAGUCAGCACUAGCACUGCCAAUAGUACCAAUCUGACAUCAUCGCCUACAAAAACUACAUCACCGGCUACUAGUCCACAGCCCCAAAACAAUCAGUCAUCCUAUAGAAGUGGUCUGAGAUUGGCUCUGAACCAAUCCACUCCUGCUUCAGCCAAUGGCAGCACUACACCUACUACAACUACUGUAAUCACGCCCACAACACCAGGCGGCACCCGGUUCCAGAUAUUUAAGAACUUCUUCAAAUCUUUUGUGCCUCCAGUAAGAGAUGAAGAGAGCGAAACGCAACGUAAGGCUCACGCCAAACGAGUGAGAGAGACGAGAAGGUCCACACAGGGUGUGACUUUAGAAGAAAUCAAAUCCGCUGAGCAACUGGUCAAGUUGAAAAAUCAACCAAAUAAUAAUAACAACGAUACGCAAGGAGAAGGGGACAGUGCUACUAACCCGGCUGUCAGCGUAUCUGUAACGAUUUCGACGGGCACGCCCACAGUGAUUACAAGGACAGACACUGUCGCGCCCUCUUCAGGACCGGAGGGCGAGUCGUCUUCGACCAAUGGCAGUCCGGUUGACGGUAACGCUUCGAUAACCGCUCCCAUAGAAUCGCACGAGAGGCGCCCCUCGUGGCGAUUAAAAGUCGAUGGUGGUAGCAAGUUCAAAUUAGAAGACGCAACCAAACCGGAAACUCGAGAAACCCCAACGACCCCUUCGUUUGUCAGACGACUGAACCCUACUACGAAUGCUGCCAGGCCUUCUUCAGCACCAAUCGAUACUGCUGAAACCACUGUCACUAUACCUUUGAGAAGGCCCAAGUCUCUUGAAGAAAAAGAACAAGAUAAAGAAAACGACGCAAGGAAUGCCCAGGCGACACUAGCGACGCAGGCGGCUAUUCAGAGAAGAAGACGGCCUAAGAGAAGAUCGACUGGGGUUGUUAACUUUGAUAACGUUGAGGACAUGGAUCAAGAAAAAGAUCCAGCAGCAGGUGGAGAUAACUUGGAGGCAACUAAACUAGCACAGGAGGUAAGUGCGAUUUGUUUUUGUAAAAUUAAAAUCGUUUUUGACGUUUUGUAUAUUGGUAUAUCCUAUGAAUAUUGUGAUGACUGCGAGAAAUAA